UAUAAGAGUAGAUCGUCAAUUGUUCGGCAUCGCUCAUCACCUGAGUUCACCAGCAAAUCUUGCAUUGAUUCGCAAAUCAUCGCGAAUCUGGUUAGGGUUUACUCGAUCUGCAUCAACUUACUAUAAAUCUUCGCCAAUCAGAACCUGGAAGACCGGAAAAAAGCUACCAACUCAUCAGACAACUCAAAACAUACUCUUUACUCUGACGAAAUCGCCACUGCAGACCAUCAACAUCCACCAUGGAGCCAUCACCACGGAGCUCCAACUAAACCACCGUCAUCUUAUUGUGGCCAGAUCUUACCGGAGAGACUAAGGGGAUGGCUUCUCCGGAAGCCGAUUCCCGCCUUAUCCGCAGCGUCCUCGUCCCCGCCUUAGAGAAGAUCAUCAACAACAGUUCGUGGCGCAAACACUCCAAACUUGGCACCGAAUGCAAAUCCGUACUUGAACGUGUUACUUCCGAAAAACCGCCUCCGUUAUCCCCUACUUCCCCUUCACCGAAGGAAAAGCAAUCAGAUGUUGAGACGAUAUCACAUUCUCAACUUCCAGGUGUCCUGCAUGAUUCUGGUUCCAAUGAACUAAGCUUAGAUGAAUCAGAAGUCAUUUUAAGUCCACUCAUCAAAGCUUGCUCUUCUGGAGAUCUGAAGAUCGCGGAGCCAGCGUUAGUCUGUAUACAGAAACUGAUAGCGUACGGACAUUUACGCGGCGAAUCGGAUCCUACGGGUGGACCCGAUGCGAAGCUGUUGUCUAGACUGAUCGAAUCGGUUUGUAAAUGUUGUGAGUUGGGAGAUGAAGGAGUGGAGUUGCUGGUGUUGAAGACGAUCUUAUCAGCUGUGACGUCCGUGCAGUUGAGGAUACACGGUGAUAGUUUAUUGGAGAUCGUGAGGACUUGUUAUGAUAUAUUCUUAAGCAGUAAGAACGUGGUGAAUCAGACGACGGCUAAGGCUUCAUUGAUUCAGAUGCUUGUGAUCGUGUUUAGGAGGAUGGAGGCUGAUUCAUCGACAGUGCCGGUGCAACCCAUUGUGGUGGCUGAGUUGAUGGAGCCGCCUGAGAAGAGCGGAGACGAAGACGGGCCGAUGACAACGUUCGUUCAAGGGUUUAUUAGCAAGGUUAUGCAGGAAAUAGACGGGGUUUUGAAUCAGGGAACUCCGGUGGGAUCAAAUGGGGGUGCAACUGCACAUGAUGGGGCGUUUGAGACACGUACCUCCACCACAGAGACCACAAAUCCCGCUGAUUUGUUGGAUUCGACAGAUAAAGAUAUGUUGGAUGCAAAAUAUUGGGAAAUGAGCAUGUAUAAAACCGCUUUGGAGGGCCGAAAAGGGGAAUUGGCGGAUGGAGACGGAGAGAAGGAUGACGAUUUAGAUGUGCAGAUCGGGAAUAAGCUGAGACGGGAUGCGUUUUUGGUGUUUAGAGCGUUAUGUAAGCUAUCAAUGAAGACUCCCCCAAAGGAGGCAUUGGCAGAUCCACAGUUGAUGCGAGGAAAAAUCGUUGCAUUGGAAUUGCUUAAGAUUUUGUUGGAGAACGCGGGAGCUGUUUUUAGAACUAGUGAAAGAUUCUUGGGUGCCAUUAGGCAGUAUCUAUGCUUGUCGUUGUUGAAGAACAGUGCAUCAACCCUCGUGAUCGUGUUUCAGAUCUCAUGUUCCAUUUUCUUUAGCUUAGUAUCAAGAUUCAGAGCCGGGUUAAAAGCAGAAAUCGGAGUAUUUUUUCCAAUGAUUGUUCUUAGGGUUCUAGAAAAUGUUGCCCAACCUAAUUUCCAACAGAAGAUGAUAGUACUGCGGUUUUUCGAAAGGCUGUGUGAUGAUUCACAGAUCUUGGUAGAUAUCUUCAUCAACUAUGAUUGUGAUGUCAACUCAUCUAACAUAUUUGAGAGGACCGUAAAUGGACUUCUUAAAACAGCUCAAGGUGUCCUACCUGGCGUUACGACCACUCUUUUGCCAGCUCAGGACGCAGCGUUAAAACAUGAAGCCAUGAAGUGCUUAAUCGCUGUUUUAAAAUCAAUGGGUGAUUGGAUGAACAAACAAAUGCACAUUCCUGAUCCUCACUCGGAAAAAAAAGUUGAAGCCAUUGAAAACAAUCCUGAAAAUGGGGACUUACCUAUAGAACACGGGAAUGUAAAUGCAAAUGAAAAUGAAUCUGUUGAUGGAUUAGAUUCUAAUACUGAAGCUUCUAGUGAAGUUUCAGAUGCUUCAACGUUUGAGCAACGACGGGCUUACAAGCUUGAACUUCAGGAAGGUAUAUCUCUUUUUAAUAGAAAACCGAAAAAGGGUAUCGAGUUCUUGAUCAAAGUGAAUAAAGUGGGAAAUUCACCUGAAGAAAUAGCAGAUUUCUUAAAGAACGCUUCUGGUUUAAACAAAACUUUGAUUGGGGAUUACCUUGGGGAACGAGAAGAUCUUUCACUGAAAGUGAUGCAUGCCUACGUUGACUCGUUUGACUUUGAAGGUAUGGAAUUCGAUGAGGCAAUCAGAUCUUUUCUAAGGGGAUUUAGAUUGCCUGGCGAGGCACAGAAGAUUGAUCGAAUUAUGGAAAAAUUCGCUGAGCGUUACUGUAAAUGUAAUCCAAAAGCAUUCAUUAGUGCCGAUACAGCUUAUGUUCUUGCUUACUCUGUUAUACUGCUAAAUACAGAUGCUCAUAAUCCCAUGGUCAAAAAUAAGAUGUCAGCGGAUGAUUUUAUAAGAAAUAAUCGUGGCAUAGAUGAUGGGAAAGAUUUACCUGCAGAGUACCUGAUAUCGUUAUACGAACGAAUAUCGAAAAACGAAAUUAAAAUGAAGGAAGAUGAUCUAGCCCUUAAACAGAAGCAGUCAUCAAAUUCAAACAGGAUUUUAGGUUUAGACAGUAUACUAAAUAUUGUGGUGCGAAAGAGAGGUGAUGAAAACAAUACGAGUGAUGAUCUUAUGCAACACAUGCAAGAACAGUUCAAAGAAAAAGCACAAAAAUCUGAGUCUGUUUAUUAUGCUGCAACGGAUGUUUUUAUACUUAGAUUCAUGCUAGAGGCAUGUUGGGCUCCUAUGCUGGCUGCGUUUACUGUUCCUUUUGACCAAAGUGAGGACGAUAUAGUAAUUUCCCAAUGUAUAGAAGGGUUCCGGUAUGCAAUACAUGUGACAUCAGCAAUGUCGAUGAAGACUCAUCGAGAUGCUUUUGUGACAUCACUUGCAAAGUUUACUUGUCUUCAUUCACCAGCAGAUAUUAAACAAAAGAAUAUAGAAGCCAUCAAGGCCAUUGUUACAGUUGCAUAUGAAGACGGGAAUUACCUACAGGAAGCCUGGGAGCAUAUUUUAACAUGUGUUUCUCGAUUUGAGCAUUUGCAUUUAUUGGGAGAGGGGGCCCCACCAGAUGCUACUUUCUUUGCCGUUACUCAGAACGAAUCUAACAAAUCACAGUCAAAGACAAAGUCAAACAUCCUUCCGGUACUUAAUAAAAAGGGAGCUAGUAGAAUCCACCAGGUGGCAGCUGCUAUGAGACGCGGUUCGUAUGAUAGUGCUGGCAUUGGCGGCAAUGCUUCUGCUGGUAUGACACCCGAGCAGGUCAACAAUUUGGUCAACAACUUAAGCUUGUUGGAACAAGUCGGAGAAAUGAACCGUAUUUUCACAAGAAGCCAGAAAUUAAACAGCGUGGCUAUAAUCGACUUUGUGAAAGCACUUUGUAAAGUGUCUAUGGAGGAGCUACGUUCUACUUCUGAUCCCAGAGUAUUCAGCCUCACAAAAAUAGUUGAAAUUGCGCACUACAACAUGAACCGGAUCAGGCUUGUGUGGACGAGCAUCUGGAAUGUACUAUCUGAUUUUUUUGUGGCAAUAGGAUGCUCCGAGAAUUUGUCAAUUGCGAUAUUCGCAAUGGACUCCUUACGGCAACUAUCUAUGAAAUUUUUGGAGCGAGAAGAAUUAUCGAAUUACAACUUUCAGAAUGAUUUUAUGAAGCCUUUUGUGAUUGUUAUGCGCAAAAGCAGUGCUGUUGAAAUUCGAGAAUUGAUUAUCCGAUGUACCUCUCAGAUGGUUUUAUCACGUGUCAAUAACGUCAAGUCUGGAUGGAAAAGCAUGUUCAUGGUCUUCACAGCAGCAGCUUCUGAUGACCACAAAAGCAUUGUACUUCUUGCCUUUGAAAUAAUCGAGAAAAUAAUUCGAGAUUAUUUCCCAUACAUUACGGAGACUGAAACCACAACUUUUACCGAUUGUGUAAAUUGUUUGAUUGCUUUUACCAAUAACCGAUCAGACAAAGAUAUUAGUCUCAGUGCAAUCAAUUUCUUGCGUUUCUGUGCUGCCAAACUUGCUGAAGGAGAUCUAGGAUCCUCUUCAAUAUCCGUUUCGCCACGUCAGCAAGGAAAGGAUGCGAAAUAUGAGUUGGCAUAUAAGGAAGAUCAUCUAUACUUCUGGUUUCCGUUAUUGGCUGGUUUGUCUGAACUCAGCUUUGACCCGAGGCCCGAGAUUAGGGAAAGUGCCCUUCAAGUACUUUUUGAUACAUUAAGGAAUUAUGGUCAUCUCUUCUCUUUAUCAUUAUGGGGGAAAGUGUUUGACUCGGCUCUCUUUCCGAUCUUUGACUAUGUUCGGCAUGCGUCUGAUUCUGCCACCAAUACCGACACAGACGAGCUUGAUCAAGACUCUUGGCUGUAUGAGACAUGCACUCUUGCACUCCAAUUAGUCAUGGAUCUUUUCGUUAACUUUUACGACACUGUUAAUCCGCUUCUGGAGAAAGUUCUAGUAUUAUUGGUAAGUUUUAUCAAGCGUCCUCAUCAAAGCCUUGCGGGUAUUGGUAUUGCUGCGUUUGUUCGUUUGAUGAGUAGUGCCGGGGAAUUCUUUACUGAUGAUAAGUGGCUUGAAGCGGUUUUGUCACUUAAGGAAGCCGCUAAUGCAACACUUCCGUAUUUAGCUUCUAUUCUUAACAAAGAUAGCAUGAACUUGAACUAUGAAGAUGCUCCAACGGUGCAAAGUAAUGGGGCCCAUGAUGACAAUUCGGAGAACCUGCAGACGAAUCAGUUAUAUGUUGCCGUUUCUGAUGCUAAGUGUCAUGCUGCAGUUCAGCUUUUGUUGAUCCAAGCAAUAACGGAGAUCUACAACAUGUAUAGACACCAUCUAUCAGCAAAAAACAUCAUGGUUCUAUAUGACGCGGUGCACACAGUGGCAAGUCAUGCUCACAAAGUAAACAUUAACGCCACAUUGCGAUCCAAGUUACAAGAGCUUCAACCCAUGGCACAAAUGCAAGAUCCGCCGCUAUUACGUCUCGAAAACGAAUCCUACCAAAUCUGCCUGACUUUUAUACAAAAUCUCGCAAUCGAUAAACCGCCGUUUUACGAGGAAUCAGUAGUGGAAUCAUCACUCGUUUCCCUUUGCCAAGAAGUCCUAAAAUGCUACAUCGAGUUAGCACUUCCUGCAACUAUGAACGAGUCGUCUCAUGAAGCCCACCCUCGUUGGUUGGUACCAUUGGGCUCUGGUAAAAAGAGAGAAUUGGCUGCUCGUGCUCCGGUUAUUGUCGUAACCCUACAAGCUAUAUGUAGUUUUGAUGAUUCGUUGUUUGAGAAGCAUCUGUCUAGCUACUUCCCCCUGUUUUCAAGCUUGAUACGGUGUGAACACGGGUCUAGUGACGUUCAAGUGGCUCUCAGUGAAAUGCUUAGUUCUUCUGUAGGACCCGUUCUAUUCCGUUUAUGUUGAUAUGGUGUUUUUACGCUGUGUGUAUUAUCGUUAGUCAUGCUUCACUACUUUAGAAAGGAAUAGGUUUGAUAGAGAGUUUUGUUGUAUCUUGGUCACAAAUUCUCAUAUGUUGUAACAAAUAUUGCUCAUCUUUUAGUAUUUUUAAAGUGAUACAAUUUUCCAUCUAAA